UUGAAAAACAUUUCAUCUGUUUGUGUCCGACAAGAGACGAUUUUUCCGGUCAAAAUCUCGCAGAUUCAUUCACGGGCGGUUUACUGUGAACUGCCGUGUUAAAAAUGCUACUUAGAGUGUCAGUAGUUGUGCAGAUGCUCUAAUAUUUUAAACAUCUGAUUUUAACAAUUGUAUUUUGUGUUAAAAAACAUCUGUCUGUCGCUGUCGUGCUGGUUGAAGUGAGAUUUACGAGCCUCAACCCACCUUUCGCGUGUUUCCACCCACCCACCGUGAACUUUCAUUUUUGCUGUUUGUGAAGGAGUUUUAUUAGUCAAUACUAGGAAGGAAAGUGUCGUUAUUGUGCUGGGAUGCGGAAGGGAGAGGAGUAGGGCUGAUGGUAAACAUGUUAAGGGUUUAAAGUGAAUGGCUCGGUGAUCAUGUCGUCUAUGGAGGGUGUUUUCUCCUGGGUGAGUGACUGGCAGUGGCUCUGCAUGGUCACUCUCUUUCUGGCCUCUGUUGUCACUUUGAUUAUAUACUUGGUGCUGUAUUUUUCCAACGAACCUCCUGUUGGGAAAACACCUCUCAGUAAUGUGGAUUCUGAGGAAGCCGAUGGGAUUUUAUGCUGGGUGCUGUCUCUGAAAAGCUGGAAGAGUCAGUGGAGAAGAGCCUGGUUCAGGAGCCUUAAUGGAGAAGCUUGUAGAUCACAGAGUGGGAUCCAGCUGACAUUUGAAGAAGAUGGUGUUCAAUCAUCAGAACUGGCCGUGGACCAGAUUUCAAGCUUUACUAAAACACCCAGUCAAAAAAAUGUCCUGUGUCAGGUGGUUGGAAACAAGCUGCAGUUUUCUCUCAGUGCUUUACCAAGCUCAAUGUCUUCAGAAACCCCCCUGAGAUACAGUGUGAAGAUAUCUCCACUUCGUCUGCAGCUGGCCCUACAGAUGAAAGAGGUGAAUGAGGAGGUGGAGAUUUCCUGGGGGGUGCUUCACCUGGACUCAAAUUUGCAGCUUACACCAAGUUUUACACAGCUUAGCGGCCGGUCAAAAGAGCUGAACAUCCAGGUUGUGGAUAACGGCAGACCUCUGGAGAAUGGUUUGUUAGGGCAGGUAUCUGUGCCUUUUGAUCUAGUGAAGAAACACCCCAAAGGUCAACAGACGUUUUCACUCAUGACCAAAGAUCAAGUGACCGGAUCACUAACUACUGAGUUCACCUACCUGGAGCCCAGCGAGGUGCGUAGCUGGCAGAUGCCCACGCCGGCCCCUACUAAAAAAGUGGAGAUGGACCGCACUGUGAUGCCCUGUGGCACCGUUGUUACCACUGUCACUGCCGUGAGGAGCAAGCCAGGACGACCUUUAGCACCUGAAUCCAAAUCGCCUUCUAAAAACAAGCUGGCAGAGAGAAGGGUGUCGGAGCAGACGUCACUACUCGGAGCCAAAGUUAGCAAAGCCCUGUCAUCAUCAGAUACAGAGUUAUUGAUGUUAAACGGGACCGACCCUGUAGCCGAAGCUGCCAUCAGACAGCUCCAUGAGUCGGCAAAACAAAAGCUCAAAUCACCUGUCAAAAAGAGCACCAUCAUCAUCUCAGGAGUGGCCAAGGCCCCUCUGACACAGGAUGAGGAGAUGGCUCUGAUGGCAGGAUAUGCAGCUGCGAUGGACGCUUCAAUGUCCGGAGCAUCUGAGGGCACCAGCAGCGAAGCAUUACCCUCAGAAACAGUGGUAGAACCCAGCGUUCUUGAACCCACAGAAUCUCUGGUGGGUGCGAAUGGCACAGACCACGUGGAGGACUGGGAGAGCCAGGCUGGAGAGGACCCAGAUGCGGAUAAAACAUCUCUCUGUAUCUCUGAAACGGGUUCCAAAAAAGGAAAAGGCAGCUUCCUGCACAAGAGUGCCAAGCUAUUCUUCAGACGGCGACAUCAGCGAAAGGAGCCGGGGAUGAGCCAGUCCCACAAUGACCUGCAGUACUUAGAGCAUCCCGAGGCAGCCAUGAUGGGCGACAGGGAAAAGAGGACGGCCACCUUCAGGCGCAUCAUCAACCGCAAGCUUCUGCCCAGGAGCAAGAGCAAAACCAACGGCACGGUGAGAGAACCGCCCACAUGAGCUGCCCACUCCGUCGCCUUCAUCAAAGCUAAUAGCUUUUGUACCUCUUAAUCUUUCUAACAUCCUCCUUUUCACAUUCAUUCUCAUAACAUUUAUGCAAGUUGUUGCUUGUUUCUGGGCCAUAUUUGCCAAAACCUCUGCAUAGCAACAAUCACUCUCAUCAACUCCAUAUUAACACCAUGAUCCAGAUUCCCUGAAAACCUAUUCCAUUAUUCAGACCUCACAGCUUGGUUCUGCUCCAUGAAGACUGUCUGCCUGGCGCUAGAUUUAUCUCUCCAUCCAUGAGGAGGAAUGUCAUGGGCACUUUUCCCUCCGUCGACGCCAUUCACCUUCAUCUUUGAAAUUUGUAUGCAAGAAAGUUUACAAAACAGCAUUGAAAUGAGCACUCGCUCUCUUCGUCGCUCCAAAUGACUCCGUGUCAUUUAACCUUAUGCAAAUAUUGAUCGUCAUGCAAAAGAUAUUCUGCGUUUGUGGCCUUCUAACCAAAGCGGGAUUUGGACUCUUUCUUGCUAUCUACCUGAGCUUUAACCUUCUGGAAACCCUCUGGCGACCUGAUGGAUCCUGGAAUAUCAGACAAGGGAAUACUAUCGAUUUUGAUUUGCACUUGCUUAUAUGCUCAGAACUCAUUCCAAAUGCAUUUGCAGGGAUGUGCAGUGAAUUCUGUGAGGUUUGGUGGUGAAGAUGCUCUGAAUUAGUUUAUUAAAAAACCAAAAAUUAUGUGAAAGACCUCUGUUUUUGAUGUGAAUUGAAUAUGGGAGUUUUCAUUUUGUUAGGCAGAAAAAUCUGCAGUUUCACCAAAUUUGACUCUGGGAAUAGUGAGUUUUAUUGUUCAGCGAAACAUUUUCAAAACGGAGCGUAACAUUUAAAAUGUUCUGGUUUGGCACUGAUAUGUUCGCUUUUAAAACAGGUUUGUUUUUUUAUUCAUCUUUUAAUUUCUAAAUAUUCAAACAGAGAUGGGAAAAUAUCAAUAAAAGGUUAUUUUAUUUUAAAUAUUAUCCUUUUAAGUACACAUUCAGUGUAAUUAUGUGUAAGCAUGUUUGAUUGUUCACUUUUUUCCACAGUUAUUCCAUCAUGCCUCACAUUAAAAAAAAAUGUGUUUGAAUUGUACCAAAGGUUUUUAACACUAAGCAAGGGCAUUUUCCCAUAGAGAAAGACCAGAAUGUAUGAGAAUUUAGCUAAUCAAUAAGUUCAUGAUUUAUGAGAUUUUCCCAAGUGUGCAGUCUUCUUUUACCUGUACUCUUAAGCCAGCUGAAAUGGCUGUGAAUGAUAACAAGUUUGUAUUUUGGACCUCAUCUGUUGAGCCUAUGUGGAGAACUGCAGUGGAUUUGUAUUAUGGGAGAUUCAAUAACAGGCUCUGCUUGACAUUUACUUGACCUCAAACUGCAUAUGUAGAAGAAACCUGAAUGCCUGUCCAUACUGAAUGUUGCCAGAAAGAAACCUCAGCAAGUCUGGCUGUUAAAUAUGUAUUUUGGGAGGACUACUGUUCUGUGUUUUUUGUUUUUUUCACUUUUGUCUAUGUUGUAUGUUGCUAUGUACAUCCUGGCUGUCACAAGAUGAAAGCGGUAUUUUCCAGUGAAAUGGAAGGAGGCACGUGAAGAUUUUUGUCAUGCUUGAUUGGCCGGCCAGAGGUGAUCCAGUCGUUAAAUGAAAUCUAACACAUCAGUCCUCUGUAUAUGCAUAUCAUCAUAAUAUAUCCAUAUGCAUUAAAGAACUCCUCUCAUUAACUUAA